AUGCUGCGUCGGCAAUUCACAGUUUUCGCAGCAUUUAUAUUCUUCACAAUCUGCAUAUAUUCCGCGUUACGGAUAUCCUAUCAAGAGGCGAAAUUAGGAGCCAAGUCGACGGACAAAACCAGAUCACAACAAAUUCCAUUGAAAGCAUCCCCGCAGACAAUACAAACAGAGUCGACAACAUCAACCAUAAGAAAUGGUCCAAGUCCAACAUCGCCGGCUACAGAUGCCUCGGAAGAUGCUACCAUUACACAUGACGCCUCCAGGGCCAAGGACGUCCCGGGCUUCGACCGCCAUCCCAUUCAAUACCUCAUGACAGACGCCCAGCGAGAAUUAGACGACAUCAAGAAGCGCCAGUCCAAAGACCUGAAAAGCGCAGUGAAAGAGUACCGUCGACGAUACGGAAUACCGCCACCGCCGCAUUUCGAUAAGUGGUUCGACUUCGCAAAGGCGAAUAAUGUCCAGCUCAUCGACGAAUUCGACACAAUACACGACCUCAUCACGCCAUUUUGGGGACUAAAGCCAAAGACCAUCCGAGCCAGAGCCAAAGAAUCAUUGGGUUACGACAACGCACUCAUCGGCGUAGCCAUCCGCAACCACCGAAUUUCCCAUAUGGACGGCGGAGAGGAAUGGCAGAAGAAUGCCACGCACGGCAUGUUGGCCAAGUUCCUCCAAUACUUGCCUGACAUGGACCUCGCAUUCAACAUCCACGACGAGCCCAGGGUCAUCGUGCCGCAUGAUGACCUAACGAGGCUUGUACAAAUGGCCAAGACAGAGAAUAUGCCAGCGUCCAAUUCUCAGAAGCAGCCAACAAAUGACUUUUCUAAGACAGCUCCCGAGCUAAGCGACAAGAUGAUUUUUGAACAAGUCAAGCAUUCGAGGUUUAAUUCGUUUGGUAGACAAGCCACGUGGACUCAUUCGAGAAUGUCCUGUCCUCCAAACAGCCCUGCCAGAACCUUGGAAGAAGACGAGCGACGGGACGGGCUAAGUCGAUACGGCAUUAGUGAAUUGGGCUUCGUGUAUAACUCUACCGCCAUGCAGGACAUUUGUUUCAGCCCCUCCCUAAGUACGACGUAUGGCUUCUUCGACAGACCAAACGUGUUCAAGGUCGUACAUGACCUAUUUCCCAUCUUCUCACAAUCGAAAAUUUCCUCAUACAAUGACAUUAUUUACCCUUCGCCAUGGUACUGGUACGAGAAGGUCAAGUAUAAGCAGGAGCAGGAUAUGCCAUGGGAUGAAAAGCAAAGCAAACUAUACUGGCGGGGAUCUACAACAGGCGGCUUUAGUCGCGAUGGCGGAUGGCGAAAACAACACCGCCAGCACUUUGUUCAGAAGAUCAACGCCGGGGGCCAAGCAAAGAUUGUUUCCAACCACGGGAGUGAAAGGACACCGAAGUGGGGGGUGACGGAGGUCUCUCGCGCAGAAUAUAGCUCUCUCACGGACGUCUCCUUUUCGCACGUUGGGCAAUGCGAUGAAGGCGACUGCAAGGCUCAGCAGGCUUUCUUCAAGGUAUCAUCCCGGGUGAACCAGACUGAUGCCUGGGGAUACAAGUACCUCCUAGACAUAGAUGGAAAUGCGUUUUCGGGUCGAUUCCUAGCAUUCCUGCAGAGUAUGAGCUUGACGUUCAAGUUUGCCCUUUUCCAGGAGUGGCAUAGGGAGUGGCUGAAGCCGUGGGUACAUUAUGUGCCGUUGAGUUUUCAGGGUGACGAUUGGCUUGAAACCGUUCGCUUCUUCAACGAGAGCCGCUUGGGUGCGGAGGACGGGAAGAGAAUGGCAACGGAGAGUCAGGAGUGGGCGGGGAAGACGAUGAGGAAAGAGGACAUGGAGGUUUGGUUUUUCAGGUUACUCCUCGAAUAUGCUCGUGUCAUUGAUGACCAGAGAGCCAUCAUAGGUUUUGACCCCUCUAGUUCAGGGAAGAAGUUGUAA